GCGGCGGCCAGGAACGGGCCUGGGGCAGCGGAGGGGUUCCGCAUCGCGGAGGGCAGGAGACUCCGGGCCGCUGGGCAGCGGGAGGGGCGACCCGGCCUCCGCGGAGACCAUGGCGGAGGAAGAAGGAGCAGUUAUAGAACUACGCCAAAGAAAAAAGCCAAAGUCUUCAGAAAAUAAAGAAUCUGCCAAAGAAGAGAAAAUCAAUGACACUCCAAUUCCUGAAAGAGCUCCAAAAUAUGUAUUAUUUCAGCGCUUUGCAAAGAUUUUCAUUGGCUGUCUUGCAGCAGUUACUAGUGGUAUGAUGUAUGCUCUCUAUUUAUCAGCUUACCAUGAACGGAAAUUCUGGUUUUCCAACAGGCAGGAGCUGGAACGGGAAAUCACAUUUCAAGGUGACAGUGCCAUUUAUUACUCUUAUUAUAAAGAUAUGUUAAAGGCACCUUCGUUUGAAAGAGGUGUUUAUGAACUGACACACAAUAACAAAACUGUAUCUCUGAAGACUAUAAAUGCAGUGCAGCAAAUGUCUCUCUAUCCAGAACUUAUUGCCAGCGUUUUGUAUCAAGCAACUGGUAGCAAUGAGAUUAUUGAGCCAGUGUAUUUCUAUAUUGGCAUUGUUUUUGGAUUGCAAGGAAUAUAUGUUACUGCUUUAUUUGUUACAAGUUGGCUUAUGAGUGGAACAUGGCUAGCAGGAAUGCUAACGUUUGCAUGGUUCAUUAUUAACAGGGUAGAUACAACAAGAAUUGAAUACUCCAUUCCUUUAAGAGAAAACUGGGCACUACCAUAUUUUGCAUGUCAAGUUGCUGCACUUACAGGCUAUUUAAAAAGCAACUUAAAUACUUAUGGAGAGAGGUUUUGCUACUUAUUGAUGAGUGCCUCAACUUACACCUUUAUGAUGAUGUGGGAAUACAGCCACUAUCUCUUGUUUCUUCAAGCAAUAUCUCUAUUCCUGCUGGAUAGUUUUUCACUAGAGCAAAGUGACAAGGUUCAUGAAGUUUAUAAAAUCUAUAUAUUUUCUCUCUUUCUGGGAUAUUUACUGCAGUUUGAGAACUCAGCAUUGUUGGUGUCCCCUUUGUUAAGUUUAGUGGUAGCCUUAAUGCUUGCUAAGUGCCUUCAGGUGAAGAAAGGAACUUUUAUAGCUAAAAUAAUGAAAGUGAUUAAUUUUUACUUGGUGUGUACUUUAACAGUGACAUUGAAUAUUAUAAUGAAGAUGUUUGUCCCACACAAAGAACAUGGGCAUAUGCUGAAAUUCCUUGAAGUAAAAUUUGGACUAAAUAUGACUAAGAACUUUACGAUGAACUGGCUCCUGUGUCAAGAAUCUCUGCAGGCGCCGUCUCGAGCUUUCUUUUUGCGGCUGACACAGUCCUCUGUGCUACCUUUCUAUACUUUAGUGUUAAUCAUUUGUUUUUUUUCUAUGCUACAAGUUAUUUUUAGGAGAAUUAAUGGUAAGUCCCUGAAAGAAACUGUUACUCUCGAAGAUGGACGAAUUGGAGAAAGGCCAGAAAUAAUUUAUCACGUGAUUCACACUAUUUUAUUGGGCUCUCUUGCAAUGGUUAUAGAAGGCUUGAAAUACCUCUGGACUCCAUACGUGUGCAUGUUGGCAGCAUUUGGUGUAUGUUCUCCUGAACUUUGGAUGACACUUUUCAAGUGGCUUCGAUUACGAACUGUACACCCAGUGUUAUUGGCUCUUAUUUUGAGCAUGGCUGUGCCCACUAUAAUAGGUCUCAGCUUAUGGAAAGAGUUUUUUCCAAGAUUAAUGACAGAAUUAACGGAACUACAAGAAUUUUAUGACCCAGAUACAGUGGAACUUAUGACCUGGAUAAAAAGGCAAGCUCCGGUUGCAGCUGUGUUUGCAGGGAGUCCACAGUUAAUGGGUGCAAUUAAAUUAUGCACUGGAUGGAUGGUAACAAGCUUGCCUCUUUACAAUGAUGACGAUCUUCUCAAGAGAAAUGAAAAUAUCUAUCAAAUCUAUUCAAAACGAUCUGCUGAGGAUAUUUAUAAAAUACUGACAUCCUACAAGACUAAUUACCUAAUUGUAGAGGAUGCUAUCUGCAAUGAGGUGGGAACCACGAGAGGCUGUAGGGUUAAAGAUUUAUUAGACAUUGCAAAUGGCCACGUGGUUUGUGAAGAAGGUGACAAGUUAACCUACUCAAAAUAUGGGCGAUUUUGUCAUGAGGUCAAAAUUAACUAUUCUCCAUAUGUGAAUUAUUUCACUAGAGUAUAUUGGAACAGGUCUUAUUUUGUAUAUAAAAUCAACACUGUGAUAUCCUUUCAGUCUUGAAAAACAGCAGAGUCUUCAUUUCGAAGACUCAUACCACCUGCAGCAAAAUGCGAUUUUCUUCAACCUCUGUGGCAUCUUUGGAAAUCAGAGUAUAGACAUUUGAAAUGUUACUGCUGCUUUUCUCCUGCUCUUAACUGGAUCCAGAGUUCUGUGAGGAACAGAAGAGCGAGCAUCACUGUCCUUUGGUAAAGUGUCAAAUCUACCACUCUGCAGUAGUCCAGCUGGGUGUUUUCCUUAUUGUUACGUGGUCUGUCAAGAUUUUACCUUCUAAACCAUUGUAAAAUUUUCCUCAUAAAUCUUCAUUCUGUCAGAACAUUUAUCUUGAAUUUGAAUAUGUUCAAGGUCAGAGUAUAUCUCUUAAACAUAGCAUUUAAUAAAUUCUUAAUGUGAUAUAA